AUAUGAAGGUUGUGUCUGGCUUUUUGAUCAACCUUUGAAUCAAUUUCCAAAACCCUUAAGGUAUACACUUUUUUUUAUCUCGGUCUCUAUGGAAAAGCUUUGAUUUUGUGAAUCUGGGUUUCUUUCUUUCUACAUUUAGCCAAUUAUCACUUUUUAGGGUAUAGAAAGCCAAAAAAGGUGUUCACUUGAGAGUUUCUUUUUGCGCACUAACUUGAUUGCGUGAAAGCUGAGAUUUUUCAUCUGAGUGGUAUGUUUAGUAUUUGAAGGAGCUUCUCACUGUGAUGUGGAAGUAAUCAUAUGAGAUUAGAAGUGGGUUGGGGGAAAUAUGAAGGAUUUGAGUGAGUGAGAGUUGAAUCUGUGAGUACCAUUACAUAAAGAAGAUCUCCACUUUACACCUACUAUAAUGGGCACUCAAUUACUUCCUCCACCAUUGCCUCAUGCUUAGUGAGAGAAAGUGACAGGAAUCUCCUGAAAUUGAGAAGAUGAAGUGGUUUCUGCUUAUGCUCAUCAUCUGCAAUGCUGUUCCUUUACAAGGACUCACCAAAAUUGUCUCUGCGAGACCCCAAGUUGUGAACAUCGGUUCGGUUUUCACAUUUAAUUCUCUCAUUGGUAAAGUCAUCAAAGUUGCUAUGGAUGCUGCUGUUGAAGACGUCAAUGCUAGCCCCAGCAUUCUUAACACCACUACACUUAGGAUCAUCAUGCAUGACACCAAAUACAAUGGAUUCAUGAGCAUCAUGGAACGUAAGUGAGACAACUCUGUGAUUAUUGGAUGAUUAUUAUGUGUUUGUCUGUCGAGGUUCAAUCAUUUCCUUUUUAUGUUUUGCUCACGGAUUAUUCGAAAGGUCUCUACUCCUCUGGUCUUCUUUACCUUUGAAUCAACUUUUUAUGCUCGCUGAUUCAUUUUCAUGUCUUGGAUUGUUCUGCUAUCUACUUUAGGUUAUGAUACUGCAACAUGCAAGUAUACUCAUGUCCAUAUUCUGGUAUCCGGUUAACUGACUGAUUGUUUUAUGUAUCAUAUUAAAAGCUCUGCAGUUCAUGGAAUCUGAGACAGUGGCCAUAAUUGGCCCUCAGAGAUCUACGACCGCCCGUGUAGUAGCUCAUGUUGCAACAGAACUAAAAAUUCCUAUACUAUCCUUCUCUGCCACAGACCCUACUAUGUCUCCUCUGCAGUUCCCUUUCUUCAUCAGAACUUCACAAAAUGAUCUCUUUCAGAUGGCCGCCAUAGCAGAUAUUGUUCAAUUCUAUGGUUGGAGAGAGGUGGUAGCAAUAUACGGCGAUGAUGAUUAUGGCCGAAAUGGGGUAGCUGCCUUGGGAGACAGGUUAUCAGAGAAGCGCUGCAGAAUCUCAUACAAAGCAGCUUUGCCCCCCGCACCUACCAGAGAGAAUAUCACCGAUUUGCUGAUUAAGGUAGCUUUGAGUGAGUCAAGGAUUAUCGUCGUUCACGCUUCUUUCAUCUGGGGCCUAGAGUUGUUCAAUGUGGCUCGGAAUCUUGGUAUGAUGAGCACUGGUUAUGUGUGGAUUGCUACCAACUGGCUUUCUACAAUUAUAGACACAGACUCUCCUCUCCCAUUGGACACCAUAAAUAACAUUCAAGGGGUCAUUACACUGCGCCUGCACACUCCCAACUCUAUCAUGAAGCAGAACUUCGUUCAAAGGUGGCAUAACUUAACUCAUGUUGGACUUAGCACUUAUGCACUGUAUGCUUAUGACACUGUCUGGCUGCUUGCUCAGGCGAUUGAUGAUUUCUUCAAAAAAGGUGGAAACGUUUCCUUUUCGAAGAAUCCGAUUAUAUCUGAGCUUGGGGGUGGAAACUUGCACCUUGAUGCUCUGAAAGUCUUUGAUGGAGGAAAGAUAUUUCUUGAGAGCAUCUUACAGGUUGAUAGAAUUGGCUUAACCGGUAGGAUGAAGUUUACUAGUGACAGAAACCUUGUAAAUCCAGCAUUUGAUGUGCUUAAUGUCAUUGGCACUGGUUACACGACUAUUGGUUACUGGUUUAAUCAUUCAGGCUUGUCUGUGAUGCCGGCUGACGAGAUGGAGAACACAUCUUUUUCGGGACAGAAGCUUCAUAGUGUUGUCUGGCCAGGACAUUCAAUAAAAAUACCACGUGGCUGGGUGUUCUCGAACAAUGGAAGGCAUUUGAGGAUUGGAGUUCCAAAUCGUUACAGGUUCGAAGAGGUAGUCUCAGUUAAAAGCAAUGGGAUGAUCACUGGCUUCUGUGUGGAUGUCUUCAUUGCCGCUAUUAACUUAUUACCUUACGCAGUCCCAUUUGAGCUUGUAGCUUUUGGGAAUGGUCAUGACAACCCAAGUAACUCUGAGCUUGUGCGCUUGAUAACGACUGGGGUCUAUGAUGCAGGUGUUGGUGAUAUCACCAUCAUAACAGAGAGAACCAAAAUGGCAGAUUUUACUCAGCCGUAUGUGGAGUCAGGGCUAGUGGUGGUGGCUCCUGUUCGGAAGUUGGGCUCCAGUGCUAUGGCGUUCUUGAGGCCGUUCACACCCCAGAUGUGGCUUAUUGCAGCUGCGUCUUUCCUCAUAGUCGGUGCUGUCAUUUGGUGUCUUGAGCACAAACACAAUGACGAGUUUCGAGGCCCUCCUCGUAGACAAGUGAUCACUACUUUCUGGUUUAGCUUUUCAACUCUUUUCUUCUCUCAUAGAGAGACUACCACCAGCAACCUAGGAAGAAUAGUGCUGAUAAUAUGGCUAUUCGUAGUUCUCAUAAUUAACUCUAGUUAUACCGCAAGCCUCACGUCAAUCCUCACAGUUCAUCAGCUGUCUUCACCAAUUAAAGGCAUAGAAACUUUGCAAACAAACCAUGAUCCUAUUGGGUAUCCACAAGGCUCCUUUGUCAGAGACUAUCUGAUCCACGAACUCAAUAUCCAUGUGUCAAGACUUGUCCCUCUCCGGUCUCCAGAGGAAUAUGAUAAGGCCUUGAGAGAUGGUCCUGGGAAAGGUGGUGUUGCGGCUGUUGUUGAUGAACGUGCUUACAUAGAGCUUUUCCUCUCAAACAGAUGUGAGUUCGGCAUAGUUGGUCAAGAGUUCACGAAAAACGGAUGGGGAUUUGCAUUUCCGCGUAACUCGCCAUUGGCUGUGGACGUCUCCGCUGCAAUUUUGCAGCUAUCAGAAAAUGGAGAUAUGCAGAGAAUUCGGGACAAAUGGUUGCUUAGAAAAGCUUGCUCUCUGCAAGGCGCAGAGAUAGAAGUGGAUAGGCUGGAGCUUAAGAGCUUUUGGGGAUUAUUUGUGGUGUGUGGAGUGGCAUGUGUUCUUGCUCUUGCAGUGUAUACAGUGUUGAUGAUACGUCAGUUUGGACAGCAAUGCCCUGAAGAAGCAGAAGGGUCGAUCAGGAGAAGAAGCUCACCAUCCGCGCGUAUCCACUCCUUUCUCUCCUUUGUAAAAGAGAAAGAAGAAGACGCCAAGGCUAGGUCCUCUAGGGAAAGGCAGCUUGAAGAUAUCUCUGCAAAUGGUUCAAGUCGCUGCAACUAAAGUAUUUCCAGCAAAUUAGUUGCACCAAAGAGACCUCAUAAUGGCUCUAGUAUGUACAUAUCCCUCUUUGUUGUUACACUGUUUGUAUUUAAUCUCCUGGUGAUUUGACUUGUACAACAAAAAAAUAAAAAUUUGGUUAAUGUC